UGCACGGCUCUCUCGUUCUCAGCAGUGUCUCUUCCUCUCACACCAUCUACAGACCCCCCCUACGUGAUCAUGUCUGUCAGAGCCCUGAAGACCACCACCUUGUCCACUGUGUCGACCUCCAGAGGUCCCUCCCAGGGCUACAGCAGCCGCUCAUUCUCCGCCUACGGAGGCCAUGGUGCAGGCAGUGCCAGGCAGAGCUAUGCUGUCCGUAGCUCCUACGGGGGUGUGGGCAGCAGUGGUGCUGCUGUGGGUGUUGGGGGGUUGAAGAUGGUUAGUGGGUUUGGGGGAUCGGGACACAGAGGAGGUGGAGUGGAGUUUGGCUAUGUGGGGUUUGGAGGAGGUGGUAACGAAAUGGUGGGCCCCAUCACUGCCGUGACUGUGAACAAGAGCCUGCUGGCCCCCCUGAACCUGGAGAUCGACCCCACGUGCGCUUCCUCGAGCAGCAGAAUAAAAUGCUGGAGACCAAGUGGAAGCUCCUGCAGGAACAGACCCCGUCUCGCUCUAACGUCGACUCCAUGUUCGAGGCCUACGUCGCCAACCUGCGGAGGCAGCUCGACAACUUGGGUCAUGAAAAAGUCAAGCUGGACUCUGACUUGCACCACAUGACGAGCCUCGUGGAGGACUUCAAAAACAAAUAUGAGGACGAGAUCAACAAGCGCAAUGAGUGUGAGAACAACUUCGUUCUCAUGAAGAAGGACACCGAUGCAGCCUACAUGGCCAAAUUAGAGCUGGAGGCCAAAGUGGACGGGCUCUCUGAUGAGGUGGAGUUCUUGAGGCAGCUCUACGAUUCAGAAAUUAACGAGCUGCAGACCCAGAUCAAGGAUGUUUCUGUCGUGGUGGAGAUGGACAACAGCCGUGAUCUGGAUAUGGACGCCAUCAUCGCUGAAGUGCGCGCUCAGUACGAAGAGAUCGCCAACAAGAGCAGAGCAGAGGCUGAGUCGUGGUACCAGAACAAGUAUGCAGAGAUGCAGCAGUCUGCUGGAAGGUAUGAUGAUGACCUAAAGUCAACCAGAGCAGAGAUUGCUGACAUGAACCGCAGGAUAAUGAGGCUUCAGUCUGAAAUUGAAAUGGUUAAAACUCAGAGAAACAACCUGGAGGCUCAAAUCGCAGAGGCCGAGGAGCGCGGCGAGCUGGCCGUGAAGGAUGCCAAGCUCCGCAUCAGAGACCUGGAGGAAGCUCUGCAGAGAGCCAAGCAGGACAUGGCCCUGCAGGUUCGCCAGUACCAAGAACUGAUGAAUGUGAAGCUGGCUCUGGACAUUGAAAUCGCCACAUAUAAAAAACUUCUGGAGGGAGAGGAGAUCAGGUUAUCAACAGGAAUCAAGACUAAUGUGACGAAGCAAACUUCGUUAAACUUCAGUGCAUUCAGCCUGGAGAGUUCCCGCAUCCCGUCUUACACCUCCAGUUCUGUCUCUGCACUGGAAGGAGGCGCAGUGAAGACCGCCUCGGUCACCAAGAGUGAAACGGUGGUGGACAAGGCGGAAGAGAAGAAGGAGAAGGAGCAGGAGGCAGCAACUGAGGUGUCAUCAGCUGCAGAGAAGAAGGAGCUGGAAAAGGAGAAGGUGGAGGCAGAGGCUGUGGCUGAAUAGUGAUUUCUCCUUUUGAUCAGCCCAAGUGAUGAUUUUGAUCAAGGAAUUUAAAACAAACCCUUUGUACCCAUUGGCCACUUCUUUAAAGUCCCCUAAAAGACAGGUUGAGUCUCAAAUAAAAAUGUGCUUACAUUUCAGUUCUUUUACAAGUUCCUGUAAUUUCUGCUGACGUGUAGAAAUGGCUGCACCACAAUCAUGACGCCAGCAGAUGGCGCUGUUGUAAAGCACAGAUUUCUUCUACACCUGUUGUUUAGCAAAUAAAACAUACUGAGGAGAAAUAAACAUUUGUGCCACACAAGAAGCUUUUAAAGGCUUCUGCUUGCUGAUGCCUGAAAUAAUCUUUUAACUGCAAUAAAUCUCCAAACAUG